AUGAAACCCAUUUUAUCCCUUUUGGCAGUCGCGUCGGGCUUGUUUGUCCACGCGAAUGCAUCCCCGCUUGGAUCCCAAGUCGUCUUGGGCAACGCCAAUGGCACAGACCCCUGUUUCCCAUCGCUGGCAUACAAGCCUCGGGACCCGAAGAGUGGCCCUCCCAACAAGAAACUCGAGGAGCAUUGGUGUUCACAGGAAAGUGAAAACGGGUUCUUUGGAUUCACCUAUGCAACAUGGGGUUGCCCCUCGUUGACUCAGAUGCAAUCCGACUUUGGUCGAAUGAGAAACCAGUUCAAGGCGCGCUAUGUCCGAAUGUACGGGUGGUGCGAAGACGGCGACUUUUUGACGCGAAUCACAAAUGCCGCAUUCUCUCAAGGUGUCGGAUUGCAUGGGACCAUCUGGUUCGGCUUUGAUGGAGGAGACGCGUGGAAGAAGAGACGCGACCAAUUCUUUGCUCUCUUCAAGUCGAAUCCUCUCGCAGCGUACACUUUUAGGACGCUCGAUGUUGGUUCAGAGCCGUUGUUUGAUUGGGUCUUGCCUCCCAAAGCUCUGGCACUAGAAAUUCUUUCUGUCAAAAAGACGCUCGCUCCAUAUGGUAUCAAGGUCUCAAUCUCGGAAAUGCAAUACGGCUAUAGCGUCCAAGGCGACUCCCAAAUGGUCUUGGACGCCGAAGACGUCGUUCAUGCUCACCAGCUCCAGUUCUUUGACAAAGACGCGACAACUGGAGACAAGGCCCUUCCCUCUAUCCUAAGCUCAACCAACUGGUUCGUCUCAAAGACCAAUAAAACGAGGAAGAUUAUCUAUAGUCAGACUGGAUGGCCCACAAACACAAAGGUGUGGAAACCAAACUCGCCAAAAGCUGUGGCUUCCGUGCAGUCUGCAAAGGGGUUCUAUCAAGUAUUGGAUAGCUCAUGUGAGCAGUUUAAGAAGAUUACCCCCUUGGGUGGCGUCGGCUGGUUCUGGCACAUCUGGAAAGAUGACAUGUUGGACGGCUGGGGGUUGAUUGAUUGGAAUGGAAACCCCAAAUGGAACUUUGCGCCGAGGACGAGCUGCUAA